AAAAACAUUAAAAAUAUUAAAUGUCCUACCACUCUAAGAUCACCAAUACUAUAAAUCACCAUGCUACAUAAAAAUAAACAAAAGAAUGGCAACCAACAACCACCUACCGGAUCAACAAAGCGAGCUAAAAAUAGUAAUAGACCAAAAUAACGCACCUAACAACAAAUCAGACAGCUCUAUCCCAACCAGUGUAUCAUCCAUUACCACACUAUCCAACAUACAAAACGAUACAGCACCACGCACUGGUACGUGCAAUAAUACGUGUAUGAAACAGCUGAUGCAUGCUAUGCGUGGUGAAGGAACGCUUAACACUACUAUUCGUGAGUUUGUGGAUGGUUUUGGAGCUUUACCGAGUAACACGCACCGGAACACUUUGGCACGGUUUUAUGAUUAUUUGAGGAUUACAGGUGAGGUAUGCUGUGAUGUGGGAGUGUUUUAUGUUGAGAAGUACCUUUGGGGUGUUGAAGAGGAUGGGGAGAGGAGUGGAGAGAGGAGUGGAGAGAGGAGUGGAGAGAGGAGUGGAGAGAGGAGUGGAGAGAGGAGUGGAGAGAGGAGUGGAGAGAGGAGUGGAGAGAGGAGUGGAGAGAGGAGUGGAGAGAGGAGUGGAGAGAGGAGUGGAGAGAGGAGUGGAGAGAGGAGUGGAGAGAAGAGUGGAGAGAGGAGUGGAGAGAGGAGUGGAGAGAUAAAGAAAAAAAGAAGUGAACAGUUUGAUAAGGGAACGGUAAAAAAAGAGAGAGAAGGAAAAAUAAAAGUAAAAGACAAGUAUAAGAUAAAAGACAGUGAUAGGAUUAAGUACGGGAAUAAGAAAGAGGAAAAGAGCGAUGACCUGGACAAGAAUAACGAAGAUAAGAAUGGUAGAUAUAGCAAGGAAAAGAGUAGCAAGGAAAAAAAGUAUAAAAAGAAAGAAAAACGCAUAAACAAGCAAGAAGGUUCUCAUCACUUUAGUUACGCAUUCAAUACCACACCGAUACGACCAGUCAUAAAAAUACGUAAGGAUGAUAACACCCUGAUCAACAACAAAAUAGAACUGUACGGAUUCAUAGAAGAGCACCACCUAGAAAUACAGCCAUUCACCAACGACCAAAUAAUCACGUACUUCAGAACGAUAACGCAUAAACACUCCGUAACGGAGAAACUGAACGUGAUCAUAAAAACGAUCAAGGAUGCGUACGCAAUGGUGGGCUGUAAAAACGGAAUAGAACGGCUGCUCACCGUUCUGAUCUACGUGGUUAUCAAGAGCAGAGUUAAGGAUUUGUGUGUGACAGCGGGGAUUGUCAAAGAGUACAGGAGGAGUACGUACCUGCCGUGUAACGGUGCACCAAAUACGUGCACUCAUCUCCAAGGAAUACGUGUGUAUGUACGGCCGUGUGAGUGCUAUGUACGACCAUUUCUGUCAAACUCAGAAACUGAGUAUUAUCUUACUGUGUUUGAGUCUGCGCUUUCUUUUAUUAAGGAAUUGGAAUUCGGUAAGCUGAGGAUAAGCAAGGAAGAGUAUGAUAAGAAUAUUUUGAAGAGGAUAGAACGGAUUGAAUGAGGGAUUGUACUGCUGGUAAUGAUUUAUAUGGUAGUAUUUGUGGUAGUUAGGAAGAUAAUGAAGGGGAAAGAAGGGGAAUGAAGGGGAAUGAAAGGGAAUGAAAGGGAAUGAAGGAGGAUGAAGGGGA